CUCUGUCCCCAAGCUCAACCUGCGCAAACUAGACUAGGUCUGGCUCAGAGGGCUGGAAUGGAGUCUAUGCGCAAAGACAGCUGCAAUGACAGAAGUGAUUGCAAUGUGAAUAUGCAGGCUUGUGUAUAUGACCGAUCACCAAUACACGUCGACGCUUCUGCCUGUCUGGAUGCAACCUGCGUGUUUCCUCACCCUCAAAGUGGCAUUCGAGGGAAACAGUGUCGACAGGGAUUAUGUAUUGUGCAUGAAAUCUCGGCCAUGCAAGCCGGGGAGGAAGGAGUCCGUGAGGGCGGGAAAGAACGACAGUCGGAGACGAGUCCGAGUAGGAGAAAGAAGGCAAAUGAAAUGAUUAAUAGAUGA